CCUUUCUCCCCAUCUGCCAUUUUGGUUUUGUUCCCGUCUGCAGUCGCAAAGCCAGCAACGCAAUUACAUAGGAGAGACUCUCAGCACAACGACAUAGUGACUCGACAAUAUAGUGCAGACCAGCCUAAACCCGUUUACCGCUUUUUGUCCUUUGUACAACCAGUCGCAUUUACAGUCGUCGUUAUUAUUGGCAUCUAGACAUUGCGGGAGAGGAGCGGGUUCGCACUGGGAAGGGACCGAGAAGGUUUAUUGAUGUCCAGCUCGCCGCUGUCCAAGAAGCGUCGCUUGUCAGGAACAGAGACGAAGACAGGAUCCCACUGCUCCUCCUCUAACUCUGUCAGAACUGAUCUGUCCCACACACCUGCCAACGGCAUGGCAAAGAAUGGCAGUGAUGCAGAGAUUGAUGAAGGCCUGUACUCCAGACAACUUUAUGUUUUGGGCCAUGAUGCUAUGAAGCGCAUGCAGAACUCCAAUGUCCUCAUCUCUGGUAUGAGAGGUCUUGGAGUAGAGAUUGCCAAGAACGUCAUCCUGGGAGGAGUUAGAAGUGUCACUGUACAUGACCAUGGAGUUGCAGAAUGGAGAGACCUCUCCUCUCAGUUUUACCUGCGGGAGGAGGACCUGGGGAAGAACAGGGCAGAGGUAAGCCAGCCCCGUUUGGCUGAGCUCAACAACUAUGUUCCAGUGACUGCCUACACCGGCACUCUUAGUGAAGACUACUUGACCCAGUUCCAGGUGGUAGUACUGACAAACUCUGCUCUGGACGAGCAGCAGCGUGUGGGGGAUUUCUGCCACAGCAAAGGAAUCAAGCUGAUCAUUGCCGACACACGUGGUCUGUUUGGCCAGCUUUUCUGUGACUUUGGUGAAGAGAUGAUAGUGUUCGACACCAAUGGAGAGCAGCCACUGAGUGCCAUGAUUUCCAUGAUCACCAAGGACAACCCAGGGGUUGUGACAUGCCUGGAUGAGGCUCGUCAUGGUUUUGAGAGUGGAGAUUAUGUCACCUUCACAGAGGUUCAGGGUAUGACAGAGCUCAAUGGCUGCCAUCCAGUGGAAAUCAAAGUUCUAGGUCCCUACACCUUCAGCAUCUGUGACACAACUGGAUUUACAGAUUAUGUAAGAGGAGGAAUUGUCUCCCAGGUCAAGAUGCCCAAAAAGGUCCAAUUUAAAUCCAUCUCUUCCUCCAUAGCUGAGCCAGAGUUCUUGAUGACAGACUUUGCUAAGUUUGAGCGUCCAGUGCAGCUGCAUGUGGGCUUCCAGGCUAUCCAUGCCUUCCAGAAGAAACACAGCCACCUCCCUGCACCUUGGAAUCAGGCUGAUGGGGAUGAGCUAUUAGAAUUGGCCAAGGAGAUUAACUCUGCCCAGACGGGGUCUGCCAGGGCGGAGCAGUUGGAUGAAGCGCUUAUCAAAAAGAUGUCAUUUGUUGCUGCUGGUGAUCUGGCGCCUCUCAAUGCCUUCUUUGGGGGUCUGGCUGCACAAGAAGUGAUGAAGGCAUGCACAGGAAAAUUUAUGCCAAUAAUGCAGUGGCUGUACUUUGAUGCCCUGGAGUGCUUGUCUGAAGAGGAAGGGUUCAUGCUCACAGAAGAAGAAUGUGCCCCUAGGAACUGUCGAUAUGAUGGUCAGAUUGCAGUGUUUGGCUCCAAGCUGCAGGAUAUUCUUGCGAAACAGCGCUACUUCCUGGUUGGAGCCGGUGCCAUUGGCUGCGAGCUAUUGAAAAACUUUGCCAUGAUUGGGCUGGCAGCUGGGAAGGGUGAGGUCAUUGUGACAGACAUGGACACCAUAGAGAAGUCCAACCUCAACAGACAGUUCCUCUUCAGACCCUCAGAUGUCACGAAAAUGAAGAGUGACACAGCAGCAGCAGCAGUGAAACAGAUGAAUCCCUCCAUCAGGAUCACAGGUCACCAAAAUAGAGUGGGUCCUGACACAGAGAGGAUCUAUGACGACGACUUCUUUGAAAGCCUUGAUGGAGUGGCCAAUGCACUGGACAAUGUUGACGCACGUAUGUAUAUGGAUCGGAGGUGUGUGUAUUAUUGUAAACCUUUACUGGAGUCUGGUACUUUGGGUACCAAAGGCAAUGUCCAGGUCGUGAUCCCCUUCCUCACAGAGUCAUACAGCUCUAGCCAAGAUCCACCUGAGAAGUCCAUCCCCAUCUGUACCCUCAAGAACUUCCCAAAUGCCAUUGAACACACACUGCAGUGGGCCCGUGAUGAGUUUGAAGGACUAUUCAAACAGCCACCAGAGAACGCCAUGCAGUACCUCACAGAUCCAAAGUUCAUGGAGCGUACUCUCAAACUCCCUGGAGCUCAACCAGUCGAGGUGCUGGAGGCUGUUUACAAGAGUCUGGUAACAGAUUGCCCCCACAGCUGGGUCGACUGUGUAGCCUGGGCACGCAACCACUGGCAGUGCCAGUACAAUAACAACAUCCGCCAGCUACUGCACAACUUCCCCCCGGAUCAGCUCACCAGCUCUGGUGCCCCCUUCUGGUCUGGCCCAAAGAGGUGUCCUCACCCCCUAGAAUUCAGCACUGCCAAUGAGCUGCAUAUGGACUAUGUAAUGGCAGGAGCCAACCUGUUUGCUCAGACAUAUGGCUUGCAAGGGAGCAGUGAUCGUGUAGGUCUGGUUAAGAUUUUGCAGGAGGUCGAGGUGCCACCCUUUACCCCUCGCUCAGGGGUUAAAAUCCACGUAUCUGAUCAGGAGCUGCAGAAUAGCAAUUCUUCUUUUGAUGACUCCAGACUGGUGGAGCUGAAGGCCCUGCUGCCUUCACCUGAGACUUCUCAGGUCAAACUCAGCCCCAUUGACUUUGAGAAGGAUGAUGACACCAACUUCCACAUGGACUUCAUUGUGGCAGCAUCCAACCUUAGAGCAGAGAACUAUGACAUUCCCCCCGCAGACAGACACAAGAGCAAACUCAUAGCUGGCAAGAUCAUUCCUGCCAUCGCCACUACCACAGCUGCAGUUGUGGGCUUGGUGUGCCUGGAGCUCUUCAAGAUUGUCCAAGGACACAAGAAACUGGAGUCAUACAAGAAUGGCUUCAUGAACUUGGCCUUGCCUUUCUUUGCCUUCUCUGAGCCUAUUGCUGCUCCCAAACACAAGUACUAUGAAAAUGACUGGACGUUGUGGGACCGCUUUGAGGUCACAGGUCUGCAGCCCAGUGGGGAGGAGAUGACACUCCGACAGUUCUUGGACUACUUCAAAAAUGAGCACAAGUUGGAGAUCACCAUGCUUUCUCAGGGAGUGUCCAUGCUCUAUUCCUUCUUCAUGUCUGCCGCCAAGCUCAAAGAGAGACUGGACCUGCCGAUGACGGAGAUUGUGACUAAGGUGUCCAAAAAGAAGCUGGGCAAGCAUGUGAAAGCCCUGGUGUUUGAACUAUGCUGUAACGACUUGUCAGAUGAAGAUGUGGAAGUGCCCUAUGUCAGAUACACCAUCCGCUGAGCUCCACACUCAUCCCACUCACAGGAGGGUGGUCUAACUGAGGAGCUGAGGUGGGGAUUGGGGUGGGUGGGGUGAUCUAGGUGAGCUUUAUUGGAUCAAUCUUUUGUUUUUUUUUUUGUUUUUUUUUAAAGGCCUAUGGUUUGUUUAAACCUGUGCCUGAGUGUACAUAGCCCAAGUAAGCUGACUCAAGGAUACCCUUGUGUGUAUGUGUGUGUGUGUGAGGGAUCCGGUUAGUUCUUGGCUGGUGGAACAUUGGAACAGCAGUCAUUGGAGAAAGGGAACAUGUAUACUGGAACUCCUGAUGUCUCUCAGUAGCAGAACGUCGUCACUCAGUAUAAUUUUAAGCAUUAGUGUUCUCCUGAUACUCCAUAGCCCAACUAGUGCCCCUCUAAAACAUCCUCCCAAUCUACCAGCCUUCAGCACUGGAGGAAUAUUUUAAUGUGGGCCCCCCCCACUUUUUCUGUUUGCUCCUCCAGCACCUCAUGUAAACCUAGACCUACAUUUUUUUGUUCAGCAACUGAUUAAGUUAAAUAAGUUCCUAAAAUAGUGAUACAUGUUGAAUAUCUUUUUUGCCCCCCAAGGCCAUAUCAUUGCCCUUGAUUCCACCUGAGACCCCAAAUUUGAAACUAUAAAGCACCCAAGGACAGACCCUCCUGACUGGAGAUAAAUUUCACAAACAUCACAAGUCCUUGCCAGUUUGAGGCACCCCUGCAUCCACCUCAUUCAGCACUCUGGAUUUGGAGGAGCUCUUGCACAUCUGGGGGGGAGAGGGUGAAUAAAACAUUGGUGCAUACCUUGUAAGUCUGUCUUUUUACUUUAACUCCAAAUGACAUUACAGUGUAAGAGCAAGGCAAUGUAUCUUGAAGUGGGAGCACUUAGUGUGAUAGUAAAUAAACAUGUAAAAACAAA